ACCAGAGAAUAACAUUCUCAAGACUUCAGCCAGAGAGCCACAGUCCCUACUGAGAGCGAAAAACCUUGAAAACAAUGAACGAAUCCAAAAUCUGAAGAAUAUUUCAGCCAAACUUGUCUACUCUAUCCUCAGUGACGAGUAAAGACUCCUGUAACAACGAGCAGACAUCAGAGCCAGUCUUUCUUCUGGUGUUCAGAAACAACAGACAACACUCAAGCAACACCAUCUCUGUCUCCAAACAUGGAUCAGAGAGCAGCGUUAGACCAACAUGUUGAAGGGCUGGUGUGGGGAGAGCUGUUUCCCCCUCUGGAAUACAACAUCGCCAAUAUGUGGGACGAUGUAGUCAACUCUCCACCUCCCACUUCAACUCCACAUCUACCUUCAACUUCCCUUGCUGGUUUUGAGCUUAAUGCUCCCUGUCAGCCAGCAGCAAGUCAGGAUGGAAAGUUUGAGAACUUCACAUUGACCGAAGAUAGUCUCCAGUUCUUUGACCUGCAAAGCCCGGCGGCCAAUCCCGACUCAGAGCUUAAGAUAAUGAGUGCAGAGGACAUCAUGGAGUCAUGCAAGGAGGCAUUUGAGUUAAUUCCAUCAUACAAACCAGAAUAUUCUCCACCUCACAAUUUGACUCCACCUCCAUCUUCAACUUUCCUGGCUGGUUUUCAGAGUUACGCCCCCCCUCAGCCAGCACAAAGUCAGGAUGAUCAGUUGGAGGAGUUCACAACACUUGAAGAUGCUCUCAAGUUUUAUGACCAACAGAGCCCAGUAUACAGUCCCUUUUUAGAGGAGAUCCUGUGGCAGGACAACAACAAGUUCAACCUAGAGCAGUACCUGCCCAGUUACUCCUAUUUAAAUGAUCUUGGCACAGCUGAACCAGAACUAGCACCAGCACCAGUGUGGGCACCAGCACCAGCACCAGUGUGGGCGCCAGCACCAGCAUCAGUGUGGGCACCAGCACCAGUGUGGGUGCCAGCACCAUCACCAGCAGCAGCGUGGGCGCCAGCACCAGCACCAGCACCAGCGUGGGUGCCAGCACCAGUGUGGUUGCCAGCACCAGCACCAGCAACCAUGCAUCCACCUGCUGUUUAUCCACAACCAUAUCAGGGAGCACCAAUUAGCCUCCCUGUAGCCUUGAAGCAGAAUCCACCGCCUGAUGAUGUUCAUGACGGACAUGCAUUGUACCAGGCUCUACUAGCAGACUACCCAUACAUGGCCUCUUUUGCUGCUCCUCCUCCCUGCACCUCAUCCUCAAAGAAAAGAAAGCGCAAAGAAAAACAGCACGAUGACAGGCCGCACAUAAUGAAGACACCCAAUGAUAUCAUGAUCUUCAUGUCAAUGCAAAGGAUGAAUGUACCAGAUGCUGUCAAAGAGACAGGGAAGGAAGCAGUUGUUGCGCACCUUGGCCAGAUGUGGAACUCCCUCGCAGAGGAACAGAGUGCAAGUUAUAAAGCGAUGGCCGAAGCUCUGAGAGUGUACCUCACAAAACUGAGCAAUGAGCAGUCAACCAGUGACAACAAAGGCCAGAAGAAGAAGAAGAGGAUGACGAGGAGAAAAAAGUAGCAUUCUACUAUAAUUAGUGCAGUUACUUAAAACAUUUUUAUCACUGUACAAUAAAUUAUAAAUAAAUCAAAA